UCUCCAACUAAUAAGGCAGUUUUAUGUCUAUCGGAGUGGCUACUAACCAAUGGGUCGGAUGCAGUCCCGUGCACCAAGAUGCCGCUGGGUGAGGUAGUCGUCGUGGAUGACGAUCAAAUAUCUCUCACGUCAAGUGUCGAAAGUGAGCAGCAAUCAGAGUAUGAGAUCGAGGAAAUCCUGGCUCAGCGUGAAACCCACGAAGGCGUUCUUACUUUUCUCGUCAAGUGGGCUGGCUACGCAAUCCAUCGGGCCUCGUGGGAGCCCGCGGAUCAAUUCAAUAAUCCAGAGACCUUGGAAGAUUGGAAUGAAAAGCUCAGGAGAAUCAACGACAAGAAAGCCCCGGCAUUUGAUGUUCAAGCCUGGGAGCGCCAUGUUCUGAGGAUCGAGGCUGAUCGUAAAGACCGGAAACGCAGGAGGGCCGCAAAGAGGAACCGACUGCGUCAGCUGGCUUCUGAUAGAUUGAAGUCAUCGUCAGAGCCAAAUACUCUUCCUGAUGUUUCAUGCGCUGGACCGACCAACAAAGCUCUCACGACCAGGGAUCCUUCACGUCCCCCUGAUCGUAACGCUAACCCCCAGGCUGCAGCACCAAAGAAAACCACUGGAGCUGCACCUGAGUGCUCCUGGCCGCCAAAUGAGCCUAGCAAUCUUUCAGUAUCACGAUCAGAAAUCCCACUAGGAAGUGCUAGUAGAGGGGCCAUCCCCUCGCGCCCUGGACAGGAAUCGAGAUUCUCAAUAAGUCAUCCUCCGAUAAAUUUUGCGUUGAAGAAAAGACCUGCUACGGCAGACCUAACACCUUCAACCCCUGCCAAACGGUUCAAUUUAUCAACCCAGUGGCGUUAUGAGAAAUAUAAACGGCACGAGCCAGCUCCUGACAUUAGCCAAUUGGAGUUACACGUACCCUCAAACUUUCCUGUCAAACCCGGGGAAUUAAAGAUAUUGGGCGCUAGUAAUGCCAGGGCUCAACAGGAGGAACAUUACUUGGAAGAUAAUGAACUUUUCGUUGCACAGGAUGGAUCCACAACAUCAGGAUCUACAGAUAUGUCUAUAGCAUCACCACAACUAUUCUCGACUCCAACGAACCAAGCGCCAAAUGGUACACAUGAUAUUCCGCUGGAGCAAAGGAUUUCUACGCCUACUUCCCCUCAACCAGUUACCACGGCCCCCAGAACGGCACCUCCAGACCUGCAGAGUCCUCACCUACCUUCAAAAAAAUACCGGUUCGCGCUUGGCGAAAUUUUGGUCUUUGCCUACUAUGGGCCUGAAAAGACGGAGAUUGGACCUGUUCGAAUAUGUGGUGCGAAUAGACGGACUAAAAUCAACUUGCUCCGUCACAAGAAGACACGAGACGAAAAUGUUGAAGUCUGGUUUCGUGAUGUUUGUACGCCAGAGGAAUACGACGAUAAGCAUGGUAAAGUGGUCAGUCCCUUCCCGUGUGAUAGAGGUUGGCUCGAGGGAUACGAAGAAAGUAAACAAAAUCUACGCCAGAUGGCAAAUGUACUCCGGACAAAGAACUCCAUGGCUAUUUAUCGUCCCAACAGUUCAGCAGAUAACGUCCUCAUUGCCUACUGGCCACACUCCGCCACUUCUAGGUUUGAGAAUGGAAGACGCAGUCCUCCGGCAGAAGAUUCAAUUUGCAUUUCUGUCAAAUGCUUACGAAAUGGAGCCAGAUGGCCACGACGUCCGUCACCACAGCCUGGGGAGACAGAUAGACCAUCCCACCUCUCAAGCCCGGCCCGGACACCGACAGGACCAAGUUAUCGAAGAAGGACUUCCAGUAUCAUUGAAGAGCCCGGAAAAGCAAGACCCUUGCCUCUAGGGCCAUCUUCACCACAUCUCAGUCAGCAGGUAGCCGCUCAGCUCAGCAAUAGCGACACCAAACCCUCAGGACUCCUCCAGAAUCAACCUCAAAGAUUACGGUCUCCGGAGCCCGGCGGAAAUGACAGAACCGAUGAAAAUUCAAAGACACGUUUUCGGCCUGAGUCUCGCCACUUAGAGGCCGGACGCCAUAUAGGAUUUCAUGAGCAGCCUGUCGCCCACCCCAAACCCAAGAUCAGUCUCCAAAUUGAGACUUGUCUCCAACCUGAAGUCCGUCGGUCCUCAGAAACAGGCUUCCAAUCGCAGGAACUCAAGCCACAGGAGAGUGUUUCAAGAUUUUCACGUCAACCACUAGAUACUGAUCGGCGACCCGAACCUCAGACAACCAACAGCACCAUACAGUCCGAUAUAAACUUGACGGACAAUUCAAUCGAAUUUUCCAAGGCAGCUCCAUCCUUGAGACAGACCGCACCUUGGCCUGGAAAAAAACAGCUGGAGCUUAAUUCUCCAUCAGGACAACAACUGACUAAGGAAUUACAAGAGCAUGGAUACGGAAAAGCAGAUACCAAGCUCCAAUCAUCCAUGUCAAGGCUGGAGAUCUCUGGUGGGACUUCGAGUGUCCCUGUGGAUGUCCCACGGUCAGCCGGUCAAUUUGACUGGACAUCGGUCCUUGGACAGCCAAACAUAGACGCUAUUAUUGAAUCCAAGUGUUCAUUCACAUUCAAGGAGCUCGCAACUAUUGGUGCACCUGAGAAAGCCGUUCUCGCAAAUGUCUUUUACGUCCUCUAUCCCAUCGAGGAUGAAAAAGUCGAUGCUGAAUACAAGGCCCUUGUUCAGUUCCUGAAAUCUCACAAAGCCGUUGUAUUUUCGAGCCGGAUAGAUGAAGAUUGGGAAAAGUUUGCCCUGACAGUACCUAUUUAUCAAGGCGUUGUACUGUUCCAUGGUGAUUUUACGAACUAUCACGAACUGCCUUAUCUCAAGGAUGUUCUAUCUAAACAAGCCAACUUCUGGCGUAUAUCACUGUCGAAGACUCUUGAAUAUGUGCCUCAGCCUGUGCAUUUACAACGCGUUUUCCCACGCGGUUCUGUAAUAUUGAUAACAGAAGACUUGAUGGUAAACGAUCAGUGCGGAACCAUGAUUAUUCUCAUGUGGUUUAUUCGAAACAUCAAAAGCGGCAAGCUACCAGGUACCUGGAAGCUCUUCCUACGCCCUAACGUCAUGAAGUGGCUGCUAGAAAAGCAUGACACCUCUAAGGAGGAGAGGGAAUCUGUAUACUGGCUGGCUAUUUACUAUCUUAUCGACACCAUCAACGGCACAGGAAAUGAGCCUGAUGAUGUUAUUGAUGACCCUUUCACGAACACUCUCAUUUCACCAACCUUUAUCCCUCAAUACAACUCUUAUCAAGACACAGACCGCCUUGUAGAAUUCUUUGCAGGCUGGGCUUUACUCAAUAACCAUCGAUUCCGUCGGUUUCACGUUGCCACCUACCAGAAACCUCUUCCAAGAAGAUGGGGGGAAUGGAAUCAUCUCGAUAUCCGGCCUAGCCCCAGGGAAGUCUUCAGACACCUCGAUAUCAACCAUAAAGAGGUCUGGGAGAAAGUGAAACCUAUCAUUCGAAAGGUGGAAUCUUCUUCAGAUCCCAGAAUUCAAACUCCCCAACAAAAUACCUACACGCCUCGAACGCCCAGAACAGUGUCCUUGCCACAGCAGUUGGACGGCGCCUCUGAGUCUUCUUCAUCAAGGAAGUCGCUGCCCGUCAAAACCACAAAAUACAAUUAUCCCGACCCAUAUCACUAAGGAUGAGUAUGGAGAAAUUUCGGAAUGAGGAAUCGUUUAUCUCAUAUUAUGUCAAGACUAUUACGAUCCAUGAAAAGUUAACAUGUUACAUGAAAGUUGAUCUGUAUGAUACCCAUCUAUUUUAUUGUGGAAUUUAUGAACAUUCAGGUAGCUUAAACAAGCCUUGAAAGACCAUUGUCUUCAGGGACGAUGGAAACGAAAUUCUUUUUCUC